CAUCCAGAGAUAAAAGCCCUGAUGAAGCCAGACACCAACUUGAUCUGGGUGGUUCUGCUGAUGGUUCUUGCGCAGCUGGUUGCGUUUUAUCUAGUUAAGGACUUGGACUGGAAGUGGGUGCUCUUCUGGGCAUAUGUUUUUGGAAGCUGCAUUAGCCACUCCAUGACUCUGGCUAUUCACGAGAUCUCUCACAACAGUGCCUUUGGCAACAGGAAAGCCAUGUGGAAUCGAUGGUUUGGAAUAUUUGCCAACCUGCCUCUCGGUGUGCCAUACUCCAUCUCCUUCAAGAGAUACCACAUGGAUCACCAUCGCUAUUUAGGGGGUGAUGGGAUAGAUGUGGACAUUCCCACCAACUUUGAAGGCUGGUUUUUCUGCACACCCUUUAGAAAGUUCAUGUGGAUUGUUCUUCAGCCUCUCUUCUACGCGAUCAGACCCCUCUGCAUCAAUCCCAAGCCAAUCACUCGCCUGGAGAUCAUCAACCUGCUGGCCCAGCUUUCCUUUGAUGUUGCCAUAUACUACCUGUGGGGAGCCAAGUCAGUUUGUUACAUGCUUGCAGGCUCAGUCCUUGGACUUGGUUUGCACCCCAUUUCAGGACACUUCAUAGCUGAACAUUACAUGUUUUUAAAGGGACACGAAACUUAUUCCUACUAUGGGCCCCUCAACUUGCUCACUUUUAAUGUUGGCUAUCACAAUGAACACCAUGACUUUCCAAAUAUUCCUGGCAAGAGCCUUCCACUGGUGAAGAAGAUAGCAGCUGAAUACUAUGACAACCUGCCCCAGUACAACUCGUGGAUAAAAGUGCUUUAUGACUUCGUGAUGGAUGAUACAAUCAGCCCGUACUCACGCAUGAAAAGGCAUUUAAAGGGGGAAGUGAAACAAGAUUAAACUUCUGGCAACCAAAAAGACUCUGCAAUGUCUGCUUGCUUUGAAGUGGCUGG